CCUUCUGUUCUGCACGCACCCACCAAUGGCGCCGCGGUGCAGCAACGCCGUCUUCGCGGCCAUCAACGUCGUCACGCUCCUCCUGGGCGCCGCCGUCCUCGCCGCGGGGAUCUACUACGGCGCCCCGCACCGCGGCGGCGGCGGCGUCACCGAGUGCGAGCGGUUCCUCCGCGCGCCGGCGCUCGCCCUCGGCGGCGCCAUCGUGGCCGUGUCCCUGGCGGGGCUCGCCGGCGCGUGCUGCCGCGCGACGCCGCUGCUGUGGGCCUACCUCCUCCUGACGGGCCUCCUCAUCCUCGCCGCCGCCUGCUUCGGCGUGUUCGCGCUCGUCGUCACCAACGCCGGCGCCGGGCGGGCCGUGUCCGGGAGAGGGUUCAGGGAGUACCACCUCGGCGACUACUCGACGUGGCUCCGCCGGAGCGUGGAGGACGGCGGCCACUGGGCGAGGAUCAGGAGCUGCCUCGUCGACACCGGCGUGUGCCGGAGCUUGAAGAGCAACCAGACGCUCGACGAAUUCGUCAACUCCAACCUCUCGCCGCUGCAGUCUGGAUGCUGCAAGCCACCAACAGCAUGCAACUUCACAUACCAGAACGAGACAUACUGGAUCAAGCCUCCUACACCCAGCAACUACUCAGACCCUGACUGCAACUCUUGGUCGAAUGACCAGUCUGAGCUCUGCUACGGCUGCCAGUCCUGCAAGGCCGGUGUUCUUGGCAACCUGAGGAGCAGCUGGAAGAAGAUCGCCUUCGUCAACGCCGCCUUCGUCGCCCUCCUCCUCGUCGUCUACUCCCUCGGCUGCUGCGCGCUCCGGAACAACCGGCGGCACAAGUACUCGCUGGUUGGGAAAUGAUGAGGGUUUUUGGUUUUUGCUCAGAUGAAGGUUUUGUGGCGUGUGUGUUUGUGUUGUGUUGCUUGCUGGUUGGCUACAUGAACAACUGUAGUAUUUCAGGAAAAAGAUUUAUGCUUCAGUAAAUAUGCGCUUCCAUGUUAUGAAUGAUCGCUAGUUUAGUAAAUAUGUGUUGGUUGAGUUCUUGAUUGAGAUUUGAGAAUCUCUCAGGAAAAUAUGGCUGGACCUUUUAAUAGUUACUUUUGGGUUUGGAACAGUCACAGAAUGAGCCGGUCCAGAGUUGAAGCCUCUGCUUUGUCAGCGUGUAUAAUGCAAAGUAUUUCUGAAUUCAGAUGAUUUAUGUUCUGAAUCUCAAAUUUUCACAGUAAUUUGAUA